AAUCGAGUCGCUUGUGUGAGAUUACGUGAACUGCGACCGUUGGUCAAUUCUACCGCGGCCUUUCAACAAACGCAAGCGGCUAGUUGAAUGGCAAAAUGAUCGUUUGUUGCGUUUGACGCUACCUGACACGAAAGUCUCGUCAGUUGCGAUUUCGACGCCGCGCUCAGCGUUGCACACCAGCAUAUCGAAAUUUCGGUGUUUGCCGGUCUGGUAACUACAAGUCAACUAAACUAAACUAAACCAAAGUCAACAGAAAAUGGUAAUGUUAAUCACGGAGUAGGGAAUGAAGCGCUGUUCGCAUAUCGCGCGUUCGCGUUGUGUAUGUGAUUAAAACCGAGAGUAAUUAAAUCAGAUUUACAGUGGCAAUCAAAAGAUUUACCUAAACGCCUGAUAACCACGCGAGAAUUUCUAAAAAAAAACGUGCCGAUUCAGUUCGUUGGAUAUGCAUCAAUCGUGCCUGAAGGUCCCUCAGUGAUUUAAACAUUUCGAAACUUUCAACAUAAAUCUGUGAUUUAUUGCAGCCAACAACGGACUUUUUUCGGCAUACAAGAAAAUAGGAUCUAGGAAUUUUACCAAAUCUAAGCGCAAGAUGUUUUGCUCGUUAACUAAAAAACAACUCAUCACCCUCUUCGGACUGGUAUUUUUCGGUUUGAUUGUCACCGGUGUGGGAACGGUACUGUAUAUGAAACAGGACAGUAGUGUUUCCGGAAAUUACAAACUAAAUAGGAAUCAUCAUGGCGCCGCCGUUACCAACGGACCACAAUGUGCUGGUGUUGCACGAGACAUUAUUUAUAAGGGUGGAUCAGUUGUGGAUGCUGGCAUCGCAGCUGCUUUAUGCGAAGGUUCCUCAAUGUCCCAGAGUAUGGGUCUUGGAGGAGGAUUCUUCGCCACUAUUUAUAUUAAGGAAACUGGACAAGUUUAUACGCUGAACGCGCGGGAAACUGCUCCAAAAGCUGCCACAGCUGAUAUGUACUUCGGUAAUCCAGAAGCAUCACAAACUGGUGGUUUAGCAGCGGGCAUACCUGGUGAGAUCAGAGGUUUUCAAGCGCUUCAUCAGAGGUUCGGUGUGUUACCCUGGAAAGAACUUUUCCAGCCUACCAUAAAGCUGUGCCGUUCAGGAUUGCUUGUUAAUGAUUAUUUGGACUCGUUGUACCGCAAGAAUAACGAUUUUCUGAAGAAUACUGAAGGUUUUAGUGAUUAUAUUGACCCGGCCACGGGUGAACCGUAUAGGGUAGGCCAAAAAAUACGGCGAUUAAAAUUUGCUGAAACAUUGGAAAUAAUUGCCAGUGAACCAGAUGCUUUAAAUGCAGGAUCUUUGACGAGAGGUUUUGUGAAAGAUGUUAAAGAAUUGGGUGGAAUCAUAACGGAAGAAGAUAUGAACUCGUACGAAGCUGUGUGGUCGGAACCUCUGACAAUACCUUUGGGUAGAAACUAUACAUUACACACGUUUCCGCCGCCCGGUUCUGGAGUAGUACUCGGUCAUAUUUUAAGUUUACUUCGGGACAAUAUGGAAUUUGAUGAAGUGGACAAAGUCAUAAAUUGGCAGCGUAUCUUAGAAAGUUUCAAGUUUGCAUACGGCAUGCGGACACACUUGGGUGACCCGCUGUUUCUAUCUAGUGUUGCGACUACUGUCGAACAAAUGUUGUCCCCGGAGUUUAUAGCUGAAACCCGUCAUAAAAUGCGAGAUGACAUCACUUUCCAAGAUCCCACGUAUUACGGUGCGAAUGCAAGCAACGUGGAGGAUCACGGCACUGCGCACAUUAAUAUCUUAUCACCAAAUGGCGACGCGUUUACUUUUACGGGUACCAUCAAUUUGAUUUUUGGUGCUAAAGUCGUUUCUAACUCGACCGGAAUUAUUCUCAAUGACGAAAUGGAUGACUUUGUCACGCAGCCGCCGGAUAGCUAUAAUGUCGCCAUUAUGCCUGCUAAUCAGAUCGAACCUGGAAAGAGGCCGUUGUCGUCAAUGUGUCCCAGUAUUAUCCUUGACGAAUAUGGUAACGUGCGAAUGUUGGUUGGUGGUGCUGGUGGGUCCAAGAUUACUACCGCAACGGCGCUGGUCGCCAUGCGGCACCUAUUCUUCAACCAAACUCUUGUUGAUGCUAUUAAUAGCGCACGUAUGCAUCACCAGCUUUUCCCUAUGCAGGCCACCUACGAUCCGGAGUUUGAGAAUGAACUUAUUGAUGGGUUGCAGCACAUCGGGCAUGUGAUGAAGCUGGAGUCACCGGAUGGUUUCGGUGCCAUCACGGCGGUAAGCAACCGGAGUUGGACUGUGGAGGCAGCUUCCGACAAGCGGCGAAGUGGCUCCAGUGUGCUGAUAUAAAAUCGUCCAAUUGUAAUUUAACUGACUUGUAGUUAAAUACUCCACGUUGGUAUCUGUGGUGGGCUCUGUUGUUGAAAGAUGGUGCCAAAAUUUAAACUGAAAUACAUAUCAAAUUUAUGUGAAAUGUUAUACAA